UGGUGAGGCUAUGCCUUUUCGUCAUGGUUCGCAAGCUGCGCGGGGCUCUCCCGAGCUUCUUCUUGCCUUUUUGGAAUUCCUCUUCUGCCUCGACAUCUUCGCCAGCGUUCGGUAUUCAGAAUGAUUCUUGGGCUCUGAAGCCAUCACGUACACUCAUUUCGUCGCCUCGAUGCCUUACACGCUGCUGGAGCCAUAGAGAUAGUACGAACACUUGCAUCGCAUCAGCAGCGACUUCUGCUCGGCCCUUUCCCCGGUUGGGCUCACGCGCUGAAAGACUCGAGUGACAAUUGGCCAAAUCGACACCAAUGCCUCUGACCAGCAAACGCCUAACCCCAGACUUCCCCGCAGAAGUAGCCGCCUCGUGCUUUCAUCAUUCAAUCAAUCCGGUCCCAACAAGCCUGCUCCCCGCCUGCAUCAGGCGCCCACGAACCUAUGAGAGCCCAAAUCACGUCCGCCGGCUGCAGGCAACAGUCAUGUCACGCCCGAUGCUGCAUCCCGGCCUAACGCCACCUGGAGAUCCCCACGCUUUGCUCCCCCCGUCCAGUAGACGAUGGGGAUAUAUGCAGAG